AUGGACGUCGAGGUGCCGGCUCGCAACCCGCGUCCCAUAUCGAACCUGAAGCGCGGGGGCAAGCCAGUGCUGCGCCUGGACACCGUCCUCAUGGGCAUAUACUACCCCUGCGACGUCGAAAAGACCAUCCAAGCCUCAGGCGGUGCGCACAACCUCCGGCGCGUCAAUUGGAUGCCUGCGCCCAGGAUCGCCACUUCCAAGGGAUACGCAAAGUUUCUCAAUAUCCCCGCGGCCCCAGUCACGGGAUAUCUGGCUUGCACGUCGCUCUUUACAAAGCUGCCUGCCUUUCGAAACGCCCAGUUGGCAGACUCCUGGGCGGAGAAUGGUCCCAAAGAAGAUGUGGCUUGCGACAAGGAGGACGGCGGAAAAGACGGCUGCGAUUCGGAGAAGCCCACGUUUCCCGUCAUCAUAUUCAGCCAUGGGCUGGGGGGGUCGAGGCUGUGCUACAGCACGAUAUGCGGCGAACUAGCUAGCUUCGGCUUCAUCGUGGUCGCGGUCGAGCAUAGGGACGGAAGCGGCGCGAGGACACUGGUCAACCUGCCUGAGAAUGUCAGCGCAACGGAGAUUGAGUCUUCAACGGCGGAAAUCGUAUCCGGCAACGACGAGGAGCACGGGUCUGAGGCCGGGGCCGGAGCUAGGAAGAAAAAGGUUGAGCGUAAGACGAAGCGCGGCGUCAACCCGUACUACAUCAUGGACUACAUCUUGCCCAAGGACAAUGCCCAAGACACGUCUCCACACAACCCCCGCGGCGUGGACAGACACCUCCGCAACGCGCAGAUCGAGCUCAGGCUGGAAGAGAUCAAAGAGGCGUACCAUGUGCUCUCGCUCAUCAACGGCGGCAGGGGGCACGACGUCGCGCGCCUCAACUUGCGCAAGAAGGGCAACAUCGGCUCCAGCUCCAGGGGGCUCACGGGCAUCACGUGGGACAGCUGGAAGGGGAGCAUGUUUCUCGACAAGGUCACCGCCAUGGGCCACUCGUUUGGAGGCGCAACCACGAUCCAACUCUGUCGAGACCAGUCUCUCGCGUGGCUGGGACAGGGCGUCAUUCUCGACGCCUGGGGCCAGGGAACUCCUGCCCGGGGCGACGGCCCUGGGAACAUUGUAGCCAAGCCCAUCAUUGCCAUAUCGUCAGAGGCGUUCAUGCACUGGAAGGAGAAUUUCGAACGCGUCGUCGGGUUUUGCCAGGAGGCGCGUGAAUCCAAGACCCUGUGCUGGAUGCUCACCAUCGUGGGCUCCACGCAUCUCGCCAUGACCGACUUUGCGGUGCUGUACCCCCACUGGAUGUCGUUCUUCAUGAAGUCAAUGGUGAACCCGCUGCGGGCUUGUUCUCUUACCGUCGCAACGUCGCUGGAGUUUCUCAGCCUCACCCUGCCGCCUGGACACAUCAAACACAAGACGUGGGCCGACGAGGAUCUGUUGCUGUCGGCGCCGGCACCGAGUGAGCCGGAGGAGGCGCUGAUAGAGGACCACGCCCCGGAGUACAAGUGGGUGGCGGUGAGGCUCAAGAUUCCCAACGAGUUUUCAAAGAGAUUCAAGGCGUGGUGUCGAAGGCUUUGGCGGACACUGAUGUGUAACGCUGUCGAAGGAGACGCGCUGGGCAAUGGACUCCAUGAUUACACUGAACAGGAUGAGUUGUGGACGCAUAUUAGCCCGAGAUGUGCAGAUGUGGCUUCGUACAGGAGUGCCCUUGGCUGA